CCAGUGAAAUUGGGCAGGAAGCUGCGGCUCCUCCGGCAGCCGCACAUUUCCCUGCCCGCGGGAGGAUUUUUCCAGCGGAGGCAAGAGCUGGAAGCAGCCAGCCGGGGCUGAGCUUCCCCCCAAUCCAGGACAGCCCCGCCUGCGCUCCCUGGCUCUGCGAGCACAGAGGAUGGGAAGAUCUCAAGUUUUUCCCUGCAAGCCCAGCCUGCUGCUGCUGCUCCUGGCCCAGCUGAGCUGCGCCCAGUACGAGCCCUGGCCGUACCUUCCCGGCUACCCCGAGCCAGCCCCACCACCGUUCCAGGUGCCCCAGAGAGCCCCAAACGUCCCCAAAAUCCAGCUGAGGCUGGCAGGGCAGAAGAGGAAGCACAACGAGGGCAGGGUAGAGGUGUUCUACAAUGGCGAGUGGGGCACCGUGUGUGACGACGACUUCUCCAUCCACGCCGCCCACGUGGUGUGCCGGGAGCUGGGAUAUGUGGAGGCCGUGUCCUGGCUGCCCAGCUCCAAGUAUGGAAAAGGAGAAGGGAAAAUCUGGCUGGACAACGUGCACUGCACGGGCAAGGAGAGCAGCCUGGCCGCCUGCGGCUCCAACGGUUGGGGCGUGAGCGACUGCAAACACACCGAGGACGUAGGCGUGGUGUGCAGCGAGAAGAGGAUCCCCGGCUUCAAGUUUGACAACUCCCUGAUUAAUCAAAUUGAGAACAUGAACAUCCAGGUGGAGGACAUCCGUAUCCGCGCCAUCCUGGCCACCUACCGCAAGCGGGUCCCUGUCACUGAGGGCUAUGUGGAGGUGAAGGAUGAGGGCACCUGGAAGCAGAUCUGCGACAAGCACUGGACCAUGAAGAAUUCCCGCGUGGUCUGUGGGAUGUUUGGCUUCCCGGGAGAGAGGAAAUACAACACCAAUGUCUACAAAAUGUUUGCCAGCAGAAGGAAGCAGCACUACUGGCCUUACUCCAUGGACUGCACUGGGAACGAGGCUCACAUUUCCAGCUGCAAACUGGGAAACCACCUGGUGGGCUCUGGGAAGAACGGCAGCUGUGACAGUGGGAUGCCCGCAGUGGUCAGCUGCAUCCCCGGCCGCGCCUUUGCCCCCAGCAGCCACAGCGGCUUCCGAAAGGCCUUCAGGCAGGAGCAACCCCUGGUGAGGCUGAAAGGAGGAGCCAACACCGGGGAAGGCCGGGUGGAGGUGCUGAAGAACGGGGAGUGGGGGACGGUGUGCGACGACAACUGGAACCUGGUGUCGGCCAGCGUGGUGUGCCGGGAGCUGGGGUUUGGCAGUGCCAAGGAAGCCAUCACGGGAGCCAGGCUGGGCCAAGGAAUGGGUCCCAUCCACUUGAAUGAAAUCGACUGCACAGGCUUUGAGAAGUCGGUCACAGACUGCAAGUUCAACACUGAAUCCCAGGGUUGCAACCACGAGGAAGAUGCUGCUGUGAGGUGCAAUGUGCCAGCCAUGGGCUUCCAGAACCAGCUUCGCCUGAGUGGAGGCCGCAACCCCUAUGAGGGCCGCGUGGAGGUGCUGGCCGAGCGCAACGGCACCCUGAGGUGGGGCACGGUCUGCAGCCACAACUGGGGCACCGUGGAGGCCAUGGUGGUGUGCCGGCAGCUGGGGCUGGGAUUCGCCAGCCACGCCUUCCAGGAAACGUGGUAUUGGCACGGGGACGUCAGCGCCGAUGAUGUGGUCAUGAGUGGAGUCAAGUGCUCAGGGACAGAGAUGUCCCUGUCCCACUGCCGGCACGAUGGGGCCCACGUGUCCUGCCCCAGGGGAGGGGGACGCUUCGGGGCCGGCGUGUCCUGCUCGGAGACUGCCCCGGACCUGGUGCUGAAUGCGGAGCUGGUGGAGCAGACGGCCUACCUGGAGGACAGGCCCAUGUUCCUGCUGCAGUGUGCUCUGGAGGAGAACUGCCUGGCCAGCUCAGCCCACAACACCUCACUGACCUCGGGCUACCGGCGCCUGCUGCGCUUCUCCUCCCAGAUCCACAACAACGGCCAGUCCGACUUCCGGCCCAAGAACGGCCGCCACGCCUGGGUCUGGCACGACUGCCACCGGCACUACCACAGCAUGGAGGUGUUCACCCACUACGACCUCCUGAACCUCAACGGCACCAAGGUGGCUGAGGGCCACAAGGCCAGCUUCUGCCUGGAGGACACAGAAUGUGAGGCAGAUGUGCAGAAACAGUACGAGUGUGCUAAUUUUGGGGAGCAGGGGAUCACUGUUGGCUGCUGGGACGUUUAUCGGCACGACAUCGACUGCCAGUGGAUCGACAUCACCGAUGUCCCCCCCGGGGAUUACCUCUUCCAGGUCGUGAUCAACCCCAACUACGAGGUGGCAGAGUCAGAUUAUUCCAACAAUGUCAUGAAAUGCCGGAGCCGCUACGACGGGCAGCGCAUCUGGAUGUACAACUGCCACAUAGGUGGUUCCUUCAGUGAGGAGACGGAGCAAAAGUUCGACCACUUCAGGGGACUCACAAAUAACAACGUGUCAGCCCGGUAGAAUUCCCACUAAUUUAAGGAAGCCAGGACUCCUGCUCCGGCCCUUCCCGAACCACUGCACCCCCAGGAAAUCAAGCCUCACUCAAACUCUGAAUUUCAGGUGAAUCAUUCCUGAAGAAGCCUCUCCCUUCCCAGUUUUUUAGGUGCUCCUGCAAUUCCAGCCCCGCUCCUGGUGGGAGCUUCCAGCUCUCCUCAGCUCCAGCUCUUCACCAUUCCAAAGAUUUCUCCUGCACUUUGCAGCACUCCUCGCCUCAGGCUGGGUGCCAGCCACCCAAAAUUGCCUUUAUCCUUCAUUUCCAAGGUGUUAGUUGGGAAUUUUCAGCUCUUUUCCACUCCCAAUGCCUCUGCUCGUGCUGGUGCUUCCUGUGCUCAGCUCUGACUCCAGCUCAGCAAGGAAAUACAAGAAAAGGACGAAGAAAAAAGGUAAAAAUGAAAAAAAAGGAGCAGCUUUUUGCGAGCAGAACAGUGUAAAGCUGAAUUUAAUACUGCAGUGAAACACUUGGAUCCAACAACCGCCACUCCGGAGGGGAGCAAACGCAGAACAUGGAAUUUCGCAUGGAAUUUCACAUGGAGCCAAAGCUCCCCGAAGCGAGCCCUCAGCACCCAGAACUCAGCAGAUUCCGAGGGAUGAGGCCUCUGGGCUGGAAAUUCCCAUCCCAACAGGUGCUGUGCCCAUCCAGGAAUCGCCUCCUGCUGGGAUACUCCAUUUCAUUUUUUAAAGGAUGAAUUAGCCAGGGUGUCGUAUACUUGUGCACCUUGCAGAGGGAAUUCCUGGCUCUCAUGCCCAGGGAUCUGCUCCUGAGGGAAUUCCCAGUGCUCCUCUGUUUGUUUGAGGACACACUUUGCUACAGAGCUCCAAUAAAAACCUUUUCCCUGGAAAAAAAACCAACCAAAAAUCCCUUCAGAAGCCCUUGGUGUAUUUCUCUUCACAAUUCCUGGAAGUUUGGGGAUUUUCCCCCUUUUCUCCAACCAAAAUCAUCUGGAAUUCCAGCUGAUUCCACAGGGAAUUCCAACUGGCUGCAAACUUUCCCAAAACCCCACCUCACAGGGAUUGUUGUGAGGCUUAAAAAUGCAGAAAUAUUUGGAGGUUUUGUCAUUUCUCUGCGGUGCAGAGGGCAGCUGGCAAUGGGUUUUAACCUCCUGGCCAUCAGAAAAUUCCAUUUUUCCCUCAGAAUUCCAGACUGGAGCGCAAGCAGAGCCUGGAUGGGGUUGGAAGCUCAUUUUAAACCCAGCUCUGGGCACAUCAGCACAGACAAAUUCUGGAGUUUUUUCUUCCCCCAAAUGAGCAGAUCCCAACUUUCCUCACCAACGGGGAAGUUCAGGCUCUUGAAACUCUGUAAAUCAAGAAAAAAUUCCCAAAAACUUGGAUUCACUGCCUGUCAAUUCUCUGGGAUAUCCGAACAGCAACGCUACAACAAACAUGGAACAGAUUUUUGAACUCCUGCCCUUGCU